AGCCUUUCGAACGCGACUACCGGCCAUCACAGUGAAAUUGUUUGUUCCACUAUUCUUCCUCACAGAAACAACGGUCUGCAAUAUUGCGAAGUGGUCUGUGGUCUAUGGUCAGGUCUAUGGUGAACCGAGGGCGCCGAGGUGGCCGAGGGACGAAGUAGUCUGACGCGUCGCGCGUCGCCACCGCCACUAAUGUUCCGAAGUCUACCAGCCGUGCCUCCCUGAUUUCCGUUCGCUAUUUCGGCUCCACAGAGGUAGGGCAAACAGGCCCACUUUGAUCUGUCGUAACGCGCAAGAACUAUCCACGCACCUGACGACGCCGACGCCGUUCCGAGCUGCUUUGAUGUGAUGUAAAGGAACUUUAGCAUCUCCCGCGCGCACGGCGGCGCGACAGUUCCGUGCCGCGGCGGUGAGGGCCCUCCGGGCCCACAUUGACGGUAUCCACGAUGGCAUUUUGCGUUGACGUCGAUUUGGACAUGAAUCCCAUGUCGCUCGAUUUGGUGUUCCCUGAGGGAAUCGAAAAAGGGGGCAGGGUCAGCUUCAAUUUCUUGCGUUCGUUGUCCAGUGCGUCCGAUCGCGGCGUGCUGGAGAGCGGCAAAGAGACCACAGUCGCGCAGAGUGCGGACAGCAGCGCCAACAUUACCGUCGUUCGGAAGAGGCUGCAAGCGAGCUGCUUCGACAAAAAAUACGCACUCGAAAAAGUCCGAAUUUCCGCUGGUGCCGACCUGUGUCAUGUCGACGAGAGGCUCGUGCAGGUGCCUGAACAGCGCGGUGGCUCUACUGAGGAGCUUGCCUCGCUCAGUGAACCCGACGACAUGGAUGCUGGAAACGACGACGACGUGAUAUCCAUCGCGAGCAGCCGGCCCUCCAGCCCUUUUACAGUGGGCGAUUCUUUGCCGAAAGAAACAACCCUUUCGAUCGAGAGCAGCGCGUCCCCCAACCCCUCGAUCUCGACUGAGCCAGCGUCGAAAAAGACGCCUCCCCUUUCCAAGCCACCUGUCCAUGGCGCCACUGGCAAGAGAUCCCUGUACUCUUGCUUGCACUGCACGCACGUCACCACAAACCGGGACACCGCCAUAGCUCACUGCCAGGAGCACUUCCCAAAGAAGGACGGCACGUCGAGUCAACCACCAGCCAAGCAAACUCCUGCGACGGCAGAGAACCCUGUUUCCUCACCAGCUGCAACUGUGGCUCCAGCUGUAAAAUCUCUGAGAACUUACAGGAAGCCUCGCAUCACUAAUGUGUUUUCAAAGAACGAAGCAGAAGCAAACUCGGCUCUCAAGCCAAAGGAGGCCGAAAACUUGCCGCCUGGACAGGAUAAGGAGACAGUGGCAAAGAUGUCUUCAGUUCGAAUCGAAACGGCGGUUCUGCCCACGGUGCUGAAGAUGCUGUCUAACAUGUCGCCCAACGUUUCUCGUGUUGUCUUGAAAACCGGCCCAGUGCAAAUGGCUGGAGCAGGAGCACUGACAUCGAAAAACAUUACCGCUGUUGUCAAAAGAAGCCAGGGAAAUAUUUCUAAAACCCCAGCUCCUGCUUCAUCUUCAAAGCCUCAGGUAGCCAAUGGAGUGACUUCAAAGGCUGGUCCAACUCCAAUCAUCCUUCCUAAAUCUACUACUGGAACGAAAGCUACUCUGCCCGCAGCAGCAUUGGAUGCCUCGAUUGGGAAAACAGCAAAGAUAAUAUUCAAGUGUUUCAAGUGCUCGCACCAGACGUUCGACAAAAACAUUGCUUUAAAGCACCUUCACGAGCAUAUGGCUGCAAAGCCAGCUGCUACUGUGAAGAGCAGCAGUGCCUCUGGAGACGUUGAGACACCUCCGGACAACUCCGAACCGGAUCAGUCAGUUAAUCCACAAGAGCGAGACAAGCAGCAGCCAGCUACACAAACUCCGGGGACUCCGGUUGGUCCAUUCUUCCGCCCGGUGGGCCGACCGCGGAAGCUGGAAAAGGACUCCAUCAAGUACUUUGCCUGCACCAAGUGCCGGAAGAUCUACAAGAACAGGUCUGGUCUGAAGAAGCACAUGAUGAUCCACUCAGGCGAACACAAGUUUGAGUGUGACAAGUGCCAUCGCCAAUUCCGCUUCAAGUCUGUGCUGCAGGUGCACAUGAAGACCCACACGCGGGAAUUCCCCCACGAGUGCACCAAGUGCACCCGCAAGUAUGCGACGGAAGAGCAGCUGAAGAAGCAUGUCGAGAGGUGGCACGUGGAUCCGGUCAUCUGCCAGACUUGCAACAUGCCCUUCAUGCGCCAGCGCAACCUGGCCAUCCACAUGCUCCGCCGCCACGGGCCACCGGGCAAGGGGCCCCAAUUCCGCUGCCAGACCUGCGAACGGGCCUUCUACCUCCAGGAAGACCUCGUCUGCCACGAGUCCAACUGUAAGGGUGACUCAGUUAGGAGGUGCACCGUGUGCAACUUUGCGAGCGACGUAUAUAGGGAGCUGUGCGACCACACAGUGCAGUGCCAUCCCGAAGUGCCCACGUUCAAGUGUGCUACAUGUGACCUGGUCUCCAUCCACGACUUCAAACACAGGGCCCACUUGAAGACCCACCGGCCCGACCGGUACAAGUGCAAGAAGCCCAGGCACGUGUACAAGUGCCCUGAGUGCGGCAAGGAGAUGCGUAGCCAGAAUGGGCUCCAAUCCCACAUGAGCAUGCACAACAACAUCAAGCCUUUCCAGUGUCCGGAGUGCCAGUCCUGCUUCUCGUCCAAGGGCACCCUGCGUUCCCACCGCCUCAACGUCCACACGUCGGCCGCGUACUCCUGCGACCGCUGUCCCCUCACCUGCAAGUCCAAGCUGGCGCUCCGCAAGCACAUCUCCCUGGUCCACGACCAGACCAUGGCCUUUGUCUGCGAGCAGUGCAAAAAACGUUUUACGAGCGAACGCAAGCUGCAGCUCCACAAGGCCGUGGUGCACAUGGGAGACGUGGCAUGUCUCACGGACGGCCAAAACCCGUUCCCUAUGCUCAAGGUGUACCGCUGCAACGAGUGUUCGCACGCUACGUUCAGCCUGUACCGCAGCAAGGCGCACGCCAUUACGCACACGGGUGUCAUGCCCUUCCCGUGUUCGCAGUGCGAUAAGGCCUUUGUGGUGCAAGACGAACUUAAGAGGCACAUAAUUCUUCUCCACGACAAGGGAAAGGAGAAGCAGUGCCCGCACUGCGACCGCCAUUUCAUCUCGGAUAGCCGGUAUGAGUGGCACGUCCGGUUGCAUGAGACGUUGGCUGGUUUCGUGUGCAACCAGUGUGGACAAUUGUUUGAGUCUAAGGCCUAUCUAGAACAUCACAGGCAACGGCAUUCAAAUUAUGAGGAACCCUGUUCGUGUCAUGUUUGUGGCAAGGUCCUCAAGACCCUUCGCGCAAAGACCAUCCACAUCACCCACAUGCACCCCGAGGCCUCCUCAUCGCCCUCCUUGGCGGUCCUGCGUUCCCUGCGCUACCCCCAUGGCUGCGAGCAGUGCCCUGUGCGGUUCAAGACUCCGACGGAGCUGCGCGCCCACAAACUCAUCCGCCACAGUCCCAGCGGCAAGCGGCCGCCCAGCUCCAAGUCACCCGCUUCGGGGGACCGUUACGAGUGCCACUACUGCCACCGGUGCUUUCAGCACAAGUAUGCCCUGCGUCAGCACUUACGCACGCACACGGGCGAGCGCCCUUUCGCGUGCCAGUACUGCGACAAGACGUUCAACAUACACCAGAUCCUCAAGGACCAUGUCGUGACCAUGCACACCAAGGAUUUCAAGCUGCACUGCCUCCUGUGCGGCAAGGGCUGCGUGAACAACACCAAGCUGAAGCAGCACCUCAGGCAUGCCCACAAGGCGGUGCUCAAGCCCUCGCUGCCCGCGCCGCUCAGGAACAAGGUCCAGGGAAAAGAGAGGGCAUUAAAGGCCGCUUCUUCUCGCGGCACACACCAGCAGUAUCAGGUUCAGCAGGUCGAGCAGGUUCACGAGAUGGCUCCCGCGGUGUUCAUUCAGGACCAGGUGUUUGUGGAAGAGCAGGAGGUGGUGACGGCGGCAGAAACCGCCAUGGUGGCGGAGGAUCCCAUCAAACUCCUCACUUCGUUUUUCUAGUGGUGCAUUGGCACGGUGCUCGUGUUUGGUGCACCCGUAAGGCCCAUUGUUUUAUACAGACUGCAUGUAGUUUUGGAUUCUCAGUUCAUACCUGCGAGGCGUAAAAAGGAGCAUUCUUUCAGCGACCAUGUGGAGGGAAAAAGGUUUGGCGUGAGCAUGUUCUAGUUGCCUUGACAGCCUUUUUAAGUUGAGGGUAGUGUCUUGGCCAUUGUUUAAUUUACUUAUUUAUUCGCAUGUGAUGCAAACUCUGUGAGCAAAGCCUGCUCAUCUAUUUUUUAGCACUGCUUGCAAAGAGCCGAUAAGCUCAAUUUAUUGGAGGCCAGUGCAUGAGGAGACACGACUAAUUGUUGUCUGUUGCAUGUUUAGAACAGCAGGAGCAGCUUCUUUCAUAAGGCUUUCCACUUUUUACACUUUAGCAAAGCGAACGCUGGAGAGGAGAAAACCACCAAUCACGGCGAGCAGAGAGCUUUAUGGGUGGGGCUUCUCCUACUAUGCACUUACUUUUCCCCUCGCCUCAUUCGUCGUGGCAAAGUUGACAUUCCUCUUUGUGAUGCAGCCACUGGCAGAUUUUUUUUAUCCCCAAAUGCCGUGCAAGUGUAGCCGUUUUUCACCAUCCAUCGACACUGUUGGAGAUUUUAGUAGAUAUAAAAAAGCACUUUUUUACUCAUGGUAUGAGCCAUAACUUUGUUUCGCCCUUUUUGCACUCGUAUUCUUCACCCCCCCUGUAAGGAUUUAGUCUUGAGUGUGCAGCAAACCUAGAACGGGGUAGAUCAUGCUCUUGGGUUCAACCGAGAUGUGUGCCUUGUUAUUUGCUGGUUCCCUACCAUAGAUUGCCGUGGUUGGUGCUCUGCGUGCCCUGUGGAAAAAUAGAUGUGCAGGCUUUUGUCAGGAAAGGGUUGCAUUAGAUUUGAAUGAACAGGGUGCUUCAGAGAAAGGGGUGCAUUGAUUUCCUAUACUUUUAAAUCCCAUUUUGUGUGUUGUGAUGCAUCAGUCAUUGCUGACUGCUGAGCACAGCUGCAUAUGCCAGACCCUUCGAUUCGAUUGUUCAACAAUCAUCACUUUUAUCAGUACCGCCGAGUUGUGUGCGAUGAAACGGAUCACUGUUGCCUCAAGUGCCUACAUUCAGAUUUCUGAACUGCGGGUGUUCACGAAGCUUUAGUUUGUAAUGCUGCAUGAUUGUUUCUGCUGUUGGCAUUCAAUGACCGUGUGUUGCUCUCCACUCGUUUUACACAAACUGCCAAAGUUGGCAUCGGGACCAGCUCAAAGCCAGCAUAGUUGUCUGCGUGGCCCUGAAAUAUGUUGUGUAAAUGUAUCAAAAUGCUCUACAUCACUCUAUCCUGUUUGUGGAACACACAUUCUCCUUGGUUUUGAACAUCGCGAGCAUUGACAGCUGUGUUUUUGUAACCUAAGAGAUGAAGAAUAAAACUACACAGACUUUUGUGCCACUUGUUAAA